AUGCUGACUCAAUGGCUACUGAGUUUUAUUUAUGCUACUCUAGAUCGAAUACCACCUGUAGUAUGGCAGGUGCUGCAUGUUGUUGGUGAUAUAUUGGUGUUUUGGGCGUUAAAAUUGGUCAACUAUUUAAGACCCCAGUCGAGAGUUCUCUAUCAUAAGGCUAACAAAGAAGUUGAGAAUUGCUCUUCCUAUGAAGAAUGGAGAGAGAAAGCUGCUGUUGUUGAUGAGAUUACAGGUUCAAGCCUUUGGAGACGAAAUUUCUUUUCUGGGCGGUACGAUUUUAGGUCAGUACUUGAACAGUAUGCGUAUUUACAAAAGGCGUUGGAUUCGAAAGAUGUUGAAGCGGUUAGAGACAGGUUUUCUACCACCGGGCCCUGUAUGCUAAGGAAUUUUGCAGGAAUUGUGGACCGUAGACUUUUCACUAAAUCCUUAAGGGGAACUAAACUUCUAAUUGAGUUGUAUUUGGAAAAAGUUAUCGAAGGGCUGGACUUACUCGAUUCCACAUCAACUGCUACCUCUUUUUUCCAACGUUGUAAACUGUCCUUAGGUACCACUGCUCUAAUUUUACAAGGCGGUUCAUUGUUUGGAAUGUUCCAUUUGGGGGUCAUUAAGGGCCUUUUGUACCAAGGUCUAGUACCAAACGUAAUUUGUGGGAGCUCAAUGGGAUCGAGUGUUGCCGCUUUGUUUGGAAGUUUGCCCAAUGAGGAAUUGGCUGAAAUACUCUCUGGUGAUAUCCUAGAUCCUAUAAAGAAGGAUGUGGAUUUGCUACGAAGUUGUGGGUAUGGUAAUAUGGAACAACAUUUGAAUUUGGGGACUUUAAUUCAAAAUUUAAUACACCAUGGGUAUUCGCAGGACGUUUAUCUUUUUAUCCAAUUCGUUUGCAAAUAUAUCGUUAAGGAUCUAACAUUUGAAGAAGCAUUCCAAGCUACGGGCAAAGUAUUAAGUAUUGUGAUCCAUCCUACUGAUAAAUCCUGCACUAACCUUUUGAACUACGUGACCGCUCCAAAUGUCUUGAUUCGGUCUGCCAUAAAUUGCAGUUUGGGUUCAGGUGUUAUUUCAGAAGACCCUCUAUUAUUGUGCAAGAAUUUAGAUAAUCAAAUUGAACCAUUUCUAAUUCCUGAGAAGGCCACGAAGUGUAAAUAUUUAGCACCUGAAAAUGCCACCAUGGUAGAAGAUAACGGAAGUCCCUAUCAAAGGCUUACAGAACUGUUUAACGUCAACAAUUUUAUACUUUCAUUGGCGCGUCCAUAUUUGGCACCGUUAGUGGUGAACGAUUUAAAGCAUGAAAUUAAAACCUCCAGUUAUUAUUACUACAAGCAUUAUUCUGAUCCUAACGAUGCAAUAAACAUGGCAGAUUUUAACUUCCCACAGUUUAAUUUUACAGAGAUGGAACCAUUGGCAUUCAAACUAAAAUACCAUAUGGAAAGAAAAUUGAAGAAUAUUGCUAUGAUGGAAUUUCGUCAUAGAAUGGAGGUACUGGAUAAUCUCGGUCUGUUAUGCUCGUGGAUUAAAAGGUUAACCAUUGAUGAAAAAACCCCAAGAUCAGCUACAGAAAUUACCAUAGUUCCACGUAUAAAGAGUCUAUCACCAAUAAGGAUUGUUGAAGGUCAAUUAGAUAACAUCCCUUACGGGAUUGAGUCUGGUGAAAAAUCAACUUGGCCGGUACUAUCCUUAAUAAAGACGAGAUGUUCUGUUGAAUUUAAACUGGACCAAAUCAUUAGAGAAAGAAGGAAAAAAGCUAAUCCAUAUGUAUAG